AUAAACUAGCGCACUCAGCAGCUGUCUUGUUCGUAGCCAAUGGGUUUAAACGCCGAACGGAAAACGUGCAGUUGUGUACAGGCUACGUAACUUAGUUCUGUCUGAGUGACACUUAUGCAACAACCGCACGGUACGUAAUAAGUCCAGGAUCCUGUAACCUGGGUCUGAGGUGCCUCCAUAUCCCAUCAUGCAGUUGAAAGCGCACAUGGUCCUCUGUCGGAGAUGCCUGUGGCGCUAUAGAAGUGGACUUCGCUUGCUCUCUCUCAGUGCUGUAUACAGAUCUGGUGAGAACCACUAUGAACUCUUGGGAGUAAAGCCUGAUGCUUCGUUGGAAGAAAUUAAGAAUGCAUUUUUUAACAAAUCCAAAAAGCUGCAUCCUGACAGUGACCUGAGUAACCCGGGCCUCCACAGCCAGUUUGUGGCCCUGAGCGAGGCCUACAGAGUGCUGAGCCGCGAGGGCUCCAGGAAGGAGUACGAUCUGCGUCUGCAGCGGCCAUACCACGUCGGGCAGGCGUUCAGACCGGAGUCUGCGGAAAGUUCACAGUACUGGGAGCAGUUUCGCCAUGCCGCGCCUCAGGAGUACACCGCGGAGCAGCUGAGGAAGAAGAAGAAACUGAACUUGCGCCUGGUUGGCUACUGCCUGGUGGCCAUGGUGGCAAGCCUGGUAUUCCACUACCUUGGUUUCAGGAAACUUGAAGAAGUCCACAAUAACUUCAUGGAUGAAAAGGACAGAGUGAUCACAGAGAUUUACAAUGAGUCUAAAGAACGAGCCAGGGCAAAUGGUUUCAAAAAGCAGACAGAGAUUCUAAGGCAGAAACAUGCUGAAUUUCUCGAAAAGUACAAACUGCGCAAUGAUAGGAAUGACAAGUAAAGGCAGGGGCAGACGUGGUGAGAAUGUGCAGCACACGGAGGACCGUGAAGGAAACGUACAGGUAUUAUUAAGGGUGAUGACGAGUAAGCGUGAGCUGGGAGGAAGGGGCGUGGGUGGGAUGGGACCGGCUAUCCAUUAUUUAGACUUUGCGUGAAAUCGUCGAGUGAGCGAUUGAGCGUGUGAAAAUGAGGUUUUUUUAGCCUCUUAAAUGGUAGAAAAAGGGACAGGUGCUUGAGAGCAGGAAAUGCAGAGAGACUGAUUGAUUGAUCCCAUAAAAUGUAUCUCCAUAAAUAAGAUGCCUCUGAAGUAAACUCAUUGCCAGUGUUACAGGCACAGAACGGGUGACGGAAAAGUAUUCUGAGAUGAGUGGUUGAUUUUUCCAACUCUUGUGAUGGUAAUAGAAAAGGUACGAAAACAAUUUUUAAAAAUCAGUUUGUCAAGAGCAUGCAAUUGUUUUUAGUGUAUAUUUUGGCUGGGUCUUAGCUUUCUUUAAUUGGAAAGAAAGGCUGAACCAACUGCCAGCUGUUUUCCGUAAUGUCUUUGCUGACGUAGGAAUCUCUCUUACUGGGAAUUAUGCAGCCUUCAUUGUGUAAUGCAUCCUCAGGGGUACACAAAAAGGGCCGAUCUGGUUCAGGAUUUAAGGCCCGGUCAUUUAUUAAAUAUAAUGCCUUUUGAUAAGGCAUGAGCUGCAGACUACACAAUUUACUGUGGUCCAGUGUAGGAGAGAACCAGGCCUGAGUCAAAGGGUUGUUUAGAGAAUGAAGCCAGAAUAAUUGGUUGGAUGCACACCACCCCCCCGGAUGCUGCUCACCCAUAUCCUCGCUGAAUUUUAUGGGUCAUCUUGAUGUCAGAUUAUAAGGUAGAGGUGGGCAACGAGGGCCAUAUCUGUUUCUGGUUUUCAUGCCAGCUUCUAGCCUUAAUUACUUUAUUAGCACUAACAUUUACACCAUCUGACAUUUUAGCUGCUUUUCGUGAUAAGCGCAUGAAUGACAGCCAAAGACGACUGUUCUGGGGUUCCUAUGAAACGUUUUUACUGUGAUCUAAUGCGGUGAUGCGGAGCUAAAUGUGGUGAUCUUUGUCACUUUGGUUUUUGAAUGUUUCCAUUUACAGCAUAUGUAAUAAAGGGGGGAAACUGUCGAAAGAAGUACCUUUGAGUUCAUAUCCUCACUUGACCUAGUAUGUUAAAUCAAAUCUGUCUAAGUCUCCCACUAUUACAUUUAGUUUUGAGUCCCUGUUUAUUUGAGAAAAAAAGUGUACUCAAUGUCAUUCCUCUGUUUUGAGCUCCCAAGAAGGCCUGUCGUGGACACUGUAAACUGUUAACUUGACCUUACCUAAACUUGUUACCUCAUCACGUUGGAAUUUGAACAGAGAAGGGCCCAGAAGCCAAGAUUACAAUUUUGCAAUGAUGUUUUAAAUACUUUAAUAAUCUCACUUCUGUAUGUUUUCAAUGAUGGUGAAGAAGGGGGGAUGGGUUGUGUCACUUGUUGCAACAUUGUAAUUGUGGUAGUGUAACUUUUUCGCCCAUGUGUGCAACAAUUUGUAAAUAAAUACUGUUUAAUCACCAGGUCA